AUGCUUUCACUCUCUUGCGCCGUCCAGACAUAUGAAUGGGGUAAGAUCGGUGAAGAAAGCGAAGUUAUGCAACUGGCUGUUUCUGGCUGUCAUACGUUAGAACUGGAUCCAUCAUCUCCUUUUGCCGAGUUGUGGAUGGGAACGCAUCCUUCCGGUCCAUCUGUUCUAAGAGAAGAACAGGAGACCUAUCUCUCCAAGUAUAUUUCGGAAUAUCCAAAGUGUCUUGGAUCUGCAUCCAGGGAGGCGUUUGGAAUGUCUCUACCGUUUCUAUUCAAAGUCUUGUCCAUUCGGAAAGCGUUAUCUAUUCAGGCACACCCAACAAAGGAGCACGCGCAGCUUUUGCAUCGGCAGAGGCCCGACUUGUAUAAGGAUCCAAACCAUAAACCUGAACUGGCAAUUGCACUGACGCCGUUCGAAGCCUUGUUGGCCUUUCGUCCUUCAGUGGAGAUCGCUGCAUUUGUUCAAGGAAUCCCUGAGCUGCUCGAAAUCGUGGGCAACGAAUGUCUAAGCGAUUUGAUAGCUGUAUCCAAUCCACCCAGUGAUCAGGAAGACAUUGCUAGUGUUGCAGUUAAGGCAGCCUACGAAAGAUUGAUGCUGUCCGAUUCCGACAAGGUGUCUGCUCUAGUUAACCGGCUACAAGCUCGACUUUCGGAGGACAAUCCAGAUUUAGAGAUUAUUCUCCCCCAAGAUCAUCCGAUCAACUUAUCGUCAGUGUUCCAAGUCUAUCUUCGCUUGGCACAAGAGUUUCCCGGUGAUGUGGGCUGUUUUAGUCUAUUCUUCCUUAACUAUAUCAAACUGGAACCUGGACAAGCCGUCUACCUGGAGCCCAACUUGCCGCAUGCCUACCUAUCCGGUGACUGCAUUGAAUGUAUGGCCUGUUCGGACAACGUUGUCCGGGCUGGUUUAACUCCGAAAUUCAAAGACGUCGAAUGCCUGCUUGGAAUGCUCCAAUACGACCCACGCUCCGUUAGUGACUUAAUAUUUCCUGGGACACCAAGGUUGAUUGAAGGCCCCACGGACGACACAUUAUCGGAGUCACCUCGGGCUCAGAUCAUUAGUUUCACCCCACCGGUUGAGGAUUUUGCAGUUGACAAAAUUGUGAUCCCACGAUCAGUUCAAACACUGGAACUCCUACCAAUUGCUUCUGCAAGUAUCCUGCUUUUUGUCCAUGGAUCGGGGUUCCUUCAGAGAUUACCUUGCAGUGAUUCAGCUUCAAAUCCUAGUGAAGUUGAAUGCUUCUCCGACUCAGUGAGCUUACCCGCAAAACCAGUAGCCAGAGUACAUGAAGUCAUACAUUUCAACCGAGGAUCUGUUGUUUUUAUCGGCGCCAAUGUUCCUUGUUGUGUUCAUCAUUCACUGACCCCGAAAUCGGAGGAUGACGACGGUCCAUUGCUGGCAUUUAGGGCGUACGCUAACGUCGAACACCGAAGACCUUCAGUGCGUCCAUUCAAUACAGAAACUGGAGAAUUUCUCUCCGACUAGGUCUCCCAUAUCGCAGUUAAAAAACUUGCAUUUAUGGGAUAUCAGUAGACCCUCCUCUGUCUUGAUUCACCUACCUCGUACCGACACUCCCAUGUUAUUCGCCCUCCGUCCCAGUUACCACUUAUAUAGCGCCUCAAGCCACACUGAUGCAAAAUUACCCGCAUUUCUAUUUGAUGCCACCCUUACGUUUUUCUGAUUUUUCGAUUGAAGUUCGCUUCGAAGCAUGCGCAUUCUUCUUUACGGAACUACGGAUUCUGGUUAUUGCACAGGACGCCCACACUGUGGUUGACUGAAAAAAUGCCUUCUUUGCUGGACAAUCUUCUUCAGUCUUAUCUAGUUAAAUGGCCGUUUACCUCCACUACGACUCUGCAACCUGUGUAACCGCAGAACACGCCAGUGGGAAGCCA